GUUUCUCCUCCUUCUCUUCCUCUGGCCUUCUCUUGUCCUGUACUCAAUUCUGGUGUAUACCUUUACGCUACUAGCUACUCAUAAUAAUCAAUCUAUUCUGUGCAGGAUCUGCUUUCAAAUGAUCAGAUAAGCGACCGCCACCCAGAACUCUUCCUGCUUUAAUCAAGCACCAAGUCACUUACCCAAGUGAAAUUUACCCUUUCUCCUUUGUGGGUUUUCUUUGUUUGGUCCAAUCAUGGCGUCUUCGAUGCUUUAUGGAGCCGAGAAUCUAGCAGUCGUCCGAGGCACUACUCCGAAAGGUUUAUGCUUUUCGGGGUCAGAUUUUCACGGCAAGCGGGUUUCGAACAUGGGUCUGGUCUCUAGCACAAGAACCUUGAAGCCAAGAACCAUUUCAUCCCCAAAAUGCAGUUUAUCAGCUUCCAGACCAGCUUCACAGCCCAGAUUCAUACAGCACAAGAAAGAGGCGUUUUGGUUUUACAGAUUUUUGUCGAUUGUGUAUGACCAUGUGAUAAACCCUGGUCACUGGACUGAAGACCUGAUAGAUGAAGCGCUGGAACCUGAUGAUUUAUAUCAUCGGGACAUGAUUGUUGUGGAUGUUGGUGGUGGAACUGGGUUCACCACUCUUGGUAUAGUGAAGCAUGUUGAUGCUAAGAAUGUUACCAUUCUGGACCAGUCUCCACAUCAACUAGCAAAGGCUAAGCAGAAGGAGCCAUUGAAAGACUGCAAGAUAAUUGAGGGAGAUGCCGAGGAUCUUCCUUUUUCGACUGACUACGCUGAUAGAUAUGUAUCUGCUGGGAGUAUUGAGUAUUGGCCAGACCCUCAAAGGGGCAUCAAGGAAGCAUACAGGGUUUUGAAACUGGGAGGAAAAGCCUGCAUCAUAGGGCCUGUGUACCCAACAUUUUGGCUGUCUCGCUUCUUUGCAGAUGUUUGGAUGCUCUUCCCAAAGGAAGAAGAGUAUAUCGAGUGGUUCGAGAAAGCUGGAUUUAAGGAUAUCCAGCUGAAGAGGAUUGGCCCAAAGUGGUACCGUGGGGUUCGUCGUCAUGGAUUGAUUAUGGGAUGUUCUGUUACAGGUGUUAAACCUGCAUCCGGAGACUCUCCUUUGCAGCUUGGUCCAAAAACAGAGGAUGUUAAAAAGCCUGUGAACAAAUUUGUGUUUCUUAUGCGUUUCCUAUUGGGCGGCCUAGCAGCAACCUAUUUUGUGCUGGUUCCUAUCUACAUGUGGAUCAAAGAUAAAAUCGUGCCUAAAGGUCUACCUAUCUAAACAGGUUUGGAGACUCGGUGGAUUUGUUGCGUUCUUUCUAUGCUUUUCUUUGACAUUUCCCAUCAGUGUUGUGUUCGAAAGGGAAGCGAACCAUGUCAAGCAUGUAGCACUAAGUCUGGGGAAGGCUUCAUAUCUUCUUAGAUGCAAAAAGGUUAAAUUCUUAGGUGCAUCAUUUAGAUUAACUUUGAGAUGUAUUUUAUGAUGGGUUUAUCACCAAUAAUGUAAUGCUUGCUAAAUUUGCUCAGCUGAUACUCGUCGUUAACAAUGCUAGUUAAAGAGUUUCUUCUAUUGAUUUAUUACAUUCAAUAAUUUUUAUUUUUAUACAA